CUGCUCCUCCUCCGGAAGAGGCGCGGCGCGGCGUGGCGGCAACAUGGUGCGGAAGCUCAAGUACCACGAGCAGAAGCUGCUGAAGCGGCUGGAGCUGGUGAGCUGGGAGGCGGCGGGCGGCAGCCUGGCGGAGGUGCGGGCGCUGCGGCGCUACCGCGUGGCGCGGCGGGAGGACUACGCGCGCUACCGGGCGCUGAGCCGCGCCGUGCGCGCCCUGGCGCGCCGCCUCCGCGACCUGGGGCCGGCGAGCGGCGCCUUCCGCUCCCGCUGCGCCGCCGCCCUCCUCGAGAAGCUCCACGCCAUGGGGCUGCUCAGCUCGCGGCGCUCGCUGGCCCUCUGCGAGCGCCUCUCCGCCGCCGCCUUCUGCCGCCGCCGCCUGCCCUGCCUGCUGCUGAAGCUGCGCAUGGCGCAGAACCUGCGCGACGCCGUCGCCUUCGUGGAGCAGGGCCACGUGCGCGUGGGGCCCGAGGUGGUCACCGACCCCGCGCUCCUCGUCACCCGCGCCAUGGAGGACUUCAUCACCUGGACCGACGCCUCCCGCAUCCGCCGCAAGGUGCUCGACUACAACGAGGAGCGCGAUGACUUCGACCUGGCCGCCUAGAGGCCGCCGCCGCCGCCCGGACGGACGGACGGACAGACAGGCCUCCGCCGCCCUCUCGACCGCAGCCCUGCGCCAGACGCCGCUCACCGCGAUGCUCCCCAUCCCGUCCCGAGCCGCCCUCCGGGCUGCGUAGCGCCGGAGGCUCUGCGCUGCCGCCCAGAAAUAAACCAGGACAAACUCCCUCCA